AUGAAAUUAAAAAAUUUAUUAUUAAUUUUAUUAUUCAUAUGUUGUAUUGUAAUUCAAAUUCAAUCUCAAAAUACUAAAAAUAAUGAAAAUGACGAGCAUAAUAAUAAUAAUAAUAAUAAUAAUAAUAAUAUUAAUAAUAUAGAGAAUAAUGAUAAUAAUAAUAAUAAUAAUAAAGAUAAUAUAGUUGAUAAACUUUUAGAUCAAAAUACACUUGAUACAUUAUUAAAAUUAGUGGAAAAUGAUUUAGUAAAAGAUAAAGAAAAUGAUAUCACAAAUAAUGAUAUUAUUAAUAAUAAUAAUAAUAAUAAUAAUAAUAAUAAUAAUAAUAAUAAUAAUAAUAAUAAAAAUAAUAAUAAUGAUAAUAUUAACAAAAAUAAAAAUAAAAAUAAAAAUAAAAAUAAAAAUAAAAUAAAAGAUGACAUCGAAACAUAUAUAGACGGUGAAGAAGAUGAAGAAACAAAGAAGAAUAAUAAUAAUAAAUUAAAAAAUGAAAAUGAAAAUGAAAAUAGUAAUAUUAAUUUUAAUCAAUUUAUGACAUUUCAACAAAUUGAACUCGAUCCAAAUGGUAACAUUAUAAUUAAUAUGGUACCAAAUCAACCACAAAAACAACUUAUAAUUAAUGAUGAUAAUAGCAAUAAUCUACAACAACAAGAACAACAACAACAACAACAACAACAACAAGAACAACAAGAACAAGAACAACAACAAGAACAACAACAAGAACAACAACAACAACAAAUAUUAAGACAAAAACAAUUUCAAUUAGAACAACAAAUUCUAAAACAACAAAUUCUAAAACAAUUUGUAACAACAUUUAAUCAAGAUGAUUUUUUAUUUGGAAAUGAUAUAGAGACUACAUUUGAUAAGAAAACUAAAUUACCAAUAGCUGAUUCAGAAUUACCAGGUAGAGAUUUAGUAAUUAUGGCACAAAAACAUAGAGGUUAUCUAUUGUAUGAUCAAAAAUCUGCUGUUAAAACACAUAGAUAUAGUAAUUCAAUCAUGAUUUAUAAUUUCGAUCAAUCUCCAAAUCGUGAUAUUUUCGAAUUUGUUGGUGAAACACCAAUUACAACUUUAAAUCCAACAAAAGCUUAUCAAUUAUUAAUUGAUGCUGCAAAUCAAGGUAAUCAUCGUGCAAUGAAUUUAUUAGGUUCAAUGAAUGAAAUUGGUGAAAUUAAUAAUGGUAAAAUUAAUUUUACAUUAGCAGAAGAAUGGUAUUUGAAAUCAGCAGAGUAUGGUAAUUCAGAUGCACAAAGAUCAUUAGGAUUUUUAUAUGCAACUGGAAAGUUGGGAUAUAUUGACGAGGCGAAAGCAAUUUUAUAUUAUUCAUUCGCUGCAAGAUCUGGUAAUAUUGUGGCACAGUUAAUUAUGGCUUAUAGGUAUUUACAUGGUUAUGGUGUUGAAAAGAGUUGUAAGAAAUCAUCAAUACUCUAUGGUAGAGUCAAUGAAAAGGUUAUCUCUGAUUAUGAGAGAAGAGGAUUCGGUUACAAUAUUCAUAGUCAAAGGUUAUCAGAAGAGUAUGAAAAGAAAUCAACAGGUUAUGCAAGUGAAGAGAAUGAUAUAUUGGAAUUCUUUCGUUACUCUGCUGAAAUGGGUGAUGUGGCUUCGUUGAUUACAAUGGCAAGAUUAUCAUUAGAGGGUAGUUUAAUGAAUCAAGAUUUCAGAUUGGCAAUUGACUAUUUUAAACAAGCGAUUGAUGAAGAUGAGCUCGACCAAACUACAGCUGAGGGAUACGCAGGGUUGGGUUUUAUGUAUGAGAAAGGUUAUGGAGUGGAGCAAGAUAAUAAAACCGCUGUUGAAUAUUAUACAAAGGCUGUGAAUAAUGGUGAUAGGGAAUCAAGAUGGAGGUUAGCUCAACAUUUUCUAUUUGGUAGUGGUGGUGUUAAACAAGAUACUCAAAAAGCAUUGGAACUAUUUGAAAGUAUUUCCAUUGAAAUGAUAGUUCAGGACGAGGAAGGAAAUCAAGUGAAAAUGGCACCCGUUAAUGAAGCAUUAUGCUGGUUGGGUAAAAUCUAUUCCUAUGGUUUGGGUGGUGUCACUAUUAAUCGUGUAAAAGCUUCCCAUUAUUUAUCUCGUGCUGUUGCUGGUGGUGAUGUUGAAGCACAUUAUCAUUUCGCUACAAUUCAUUUGGAGAAUGAUGAGUCUACUUGUCCUGUGGUUGUAACUCAUUUGAAAAUGGUCGCUGAAAAAGGUCCUUGGUCAAUGAUACUCUCAAAUGCUCAAGAUCUUUAUGAUGAAGAUGAUACAAGUCGUGCAUUAUUAUUAAGUGAAAAAGCAGCUGAAAUGGGUAUUGAAGCAGCCCAAUUCAAUGCAGCUUGGAUGUACGACAAACGUUAUGGUUUAUCAGAAUAUUAUAAAUCUAAUGAUGAAGAAAUUGAAGAAACAACCAAUGGAAUAGAUAACAAUAAUAAUAAUAAUAAUAAUAAUAAUAAUAAUAAUAAUAAUAAUAAUGAUAAAAAUUCAAUUUAUAUUAAUAAUUUAUUUAAUGAUGAAUUUUUUAUUCAACAAGCUUUAAGAUUAUUUUAUUACUCUGCAGAACAACAAAAUGCAUUAUCUCAUAUUAAAAUUGGUGAUUAUUUUUAUUAUGGAGUUGGUGUUGAAAAGAAUUUAGAAUCAUCAGCUGAAAGUUAUCAAAUCGCAGCAAAUUUAUAUCAUCCACAAGGUUUAUUCAAUUUAGGUUAUCUUUAUCAAUGGGGUCAAGGUGUACCACAAGAUUUAUAUUUAGCAAAACGUUAUUAUGAUAUGUCAUUAACAAUUAAACCUGAACAUAAUAAACAAGGCUAUGAUGGUUACUAUGGUUACAUUCCAGUUUAUUUAAGUUUAACUGGUUUAUUAUUUCAUUUUAUUUACCUUUAUUUUUUAUCUUUCUUUGAUUCAUCAGUUCAAAUUUCAAAUUCAUUCAAUAAUAAUAAUAUGAUUCAUCCAAUUGUUGAAUCACCACCACCAUCAACAUCAACAACCGCUUCUUCGUCAUCAAAUAAUGAUGGUACCUCAAGUUUUUCUUCAAUUGGUUCAACUUUUAAUGAAAUUAGAUAUGCAUUGGAUAAUGAAGUAGUUCAAACUUUAGAAACUUAUCUAAUGGUUAUAUUUGCAAUUGUUAUUGGUUAUUUAGUUGUAAGAAGACAAGGUAUACUUUUAAGACAAAAUAAUAAUAGAAGACCACUUAAUCAACAACCACAACAAUAA